AUGGUGAAAUAUUCCAGGAAGAGCUUUUCGCUCUCUAAUUUGUGGGUGCUCUCUAAUGAGAAAUUAAGUGAUUUUUACCUCACGUCAUGGCAAAAGGGAGAGUCUCCGAUACCUAUGCUAGUCAUGAGGUUCAUGCUGGCAGCUGCGGCGGCGGGAAUCUUUGCAUGGUCUGUCUACUCUGGAGCCAGCCCGUAUUGGUUUAUAUUUCUGACAAACUGGGGAGUGUUAUUGGUUUUUCUGAUGACACUUAGCGGGCUAAGCGUAUCACUCGUCGCUACUUUAAAAAAACUUCCAGAUAUCAGCGAAGGAAACCUACCAUGGUAUGUGAGUACUUACUGGCUCACUUACAACAUCGCACUCAUCAUCUCGUUAAUCAUAACAGGACUUUACUGGAUCCUUCUUUAUAAUCCAGAAAAGGAUGAAGAACUUGAUAAAAGCUUCUGGCUCGAUCUAUCAACACAUGGGUUCAACUCCUGCAUAGUGUUUAGCGAAUUCCUACUUUCAAGGACACCUCUUAGAUUCGUACACAUAUAUCAACCCAUAGCUGUAGGGCUAUGGUAUUCGAUAUUUUCCGGCAUUUACUAUGCUGCUGGAGGUACAGACAGCCUUGGCAAUCCAUUCAUAUAUGAAAUAUUGGAUUGGCGACAAACACACCGAUCCUUGGCUUUGGUUGCUGCAGCGCUGGCAGCGCUAAUCGUUCUUUACGCCGCGAUGUGGGUUCUAACUAUAUGCAGAGACAAGAUUUCCGUAGCUAUCAUAAGGACCACCAGUCUAGACCUACCGUUUACACCGCCUGAUCGAGUUUCUGGUGCCGUAUAG